AUGACUGCGGGUGCUGCCUCCAACAAAUCAGGCGUGGCGUCCGAAGCUCAGAGAUGCAAGUUGAUCCAUGCGGAGUAUAAUGCUUGCAUGGCUAAGUGUAAUGGUAACCCUUCGAGAUGCAGUAAGCAGGAGCAGGCCUUAAGGCAGUGCGGAGAGAGUCUCGGCAUCAACUAUUGCAUCCAGGAAGGCAUCGAUCUCAUGCAGUGUGCCAAGUCCCCUACCCAAGAUGGCUGUGCUAAGCAGUUCAUCAAAAUGAGAGAGUGCAAUCGUCCUAGCGGAGCGGAGCUGACUGUUUCCCAAGCCGGAGGCUAUGCUAUCGGCGGUACCGAUUCUGCCAAAUCUCGCUAUUUGAGAGGCGCGGAGAAGCUGUUGGGUGGUGUGCCACCUCAGAGGACUGCGGCACAGCUUUCGGCGGCCUGCGAGGCUUAUGCCGAGGCCAAUGGUAUCGGCGAACAGAAGAAUACUCGGUUCUAA